CAACUCGCCACCAUUCCCGUAGUCCUUAUCUGCUGCGCCUGAAAACGGGCGGGAAACGCAAGAUAACUUUCCAGAAGUUUUACAAAGUGCAGUGGCGGAGGAUUUGAAUUUUUUAAUAUGAGGGAAUUUCGUGGGAUGAGUACAGCAAGAAAUCGCGGUUGCCUAUUACUGGUUGCCGCGGUGGUUCUGGCCUUCUCUUCUUACAUUGACCAGGUGGUGAGCAUGCCCGCUUUGUCAGCUCCAAAUCAAUGGCCCACAUUUCCCAGAAGAAAUAUAGCCGCUCUAGCUAGAGCAGGUUAUUUGAGAGGAAGCUCCGCAGCUACUUUUAAAAGAAGCAUUUCGACUUUAGCAAAAAAUGGAAUGCUUCCCACUUUUAGAGCACCGUACGAUGAAGCCGACAAACAAGAUGCUGACGACGGGGAGUCCCAUGAGAAACGAAACUUGGCUUCAAUAGCCCGAUUGCGGAGCUAUUCCGCCAUGAAACGGAACAUCCAGGCGCUGGCCAGAGAUGGUGGUUAUCGCGGAAGCGGGAGAGCUCAGUACAGCCAGCAAGCCGAUAAGCGUAAUGUAGCCGCCUUGGCUCGCAAUGGGAUGAUACACUUGCACAAAAAGGACAUGCCUGGUGGCGAUGAAUAUUACUUCCCCUUUUAUCAGAACCCUGUAGAGCCACCCUCCGACAUCGACGCUAACGAAAUAUACGACUGGCAACAAAUCGUAAAUCCGGACAUGUUCCCUCCCCUGUCACAAGUUUACAAGCGGGGUGGUCCCAUGCCUCAAAGUGAAUAUGAAAACCCAGAUGAGAAUGACUACGCUGGGUACGGAACUCCUUCUGAAAUGGAUGACAAUUGGUAUUUUAAACGAGGGUCCGCUGGCUUGCCGGUGUUGGGAAUGUAUAGGCCUACCAUAGGAGACCAAAGUACCAGGACUAAAAGGUACAUUCUUUCUCUCCCCGAUGUCAUUGAUAGGAAUGACAUUCAUGACUCCGAGGACACAGAAAAUGAGGACAAACGAUCCGUAGAUGAUGAUGACGAUGUGCGUGAAAAAUUUGCAAAGCGGCACAUUGGGUCACUGGCCCGGUUAGGCUUACUACCGUCAUUUAGGUUUUCAGGCGGACGCUAUAGUAGGUCUGGCCGCGCUAGGCUGCUAUGGCCUAGUCAGGAAUUGUACAGGAAGCAUUCCCCUGACGAGAAUUUCGGAAUUAGGCAAUAUAUCCCUAGUGCCGAAGCUGAGCCAGAUACAGACAACGCCGACUUACCGCCGCCGCCAGUACUUGCUCACACGCACCCGACCGGCCGCCUCCUCCACCGACCAUUAGACAACGAUGUGCCCAACGAUGUGUCCAGCCCUUUGCCAUCGCCCCCUAAUUCCUUAGAAUCCUUCGCUAAGAACCGGUGGCAACCCAACACCAAGGAAAUCCCCAAGUUCUAUUACUUUAGGUCGCUCAAACUUCCCUAUCACAACUCGGGUAAGCGAUACCUGUUGCUGCCAGCCGUCGAUAAUAUUCUCCUGAGGAAGAACUACCCCAACAGCAGUCUGCCGGGUCGACGCAAGAAUCAGUAGCCAUGUAACUGUCGGCUGAGCGGCGGCGCGCGAUAACUCAUUUGAAGCCUGACUAUACUACGGACAUUAUAUCUAAAUAGGCGUAGCCUGUACAUUUAAGGGUAAAGAUGUGGCUACGGCUAAAAUAAGUAUACACGACCUUAUUGUCAUAAAAUUAAGGUUGAGUAAACGUAUUUUUGGUAAAUUGGUUACAUCGAUAUUUUGACCCUUGAUUGUACUGCGUACGUGUGACUUAUGCCAUGUCACGGGUUUUUGAAUGACUGUAAAAGGUAAGGUCAAGUUUUGCGAUUCAUAUUUUUAAAGCUGACAUAACAUCUCUUCAUCUUAGGUUGGGAAAAAAAGAUUGGAUUCAGCCCUUGUUUUUGAAUGUACUGAAUAAAGCAUUUUCUAUUGCCGAUGGCAUGUACGUUAGGUGCAAUUGGGUGACUAUUUAGAUAUAUGUUUGAGGAUUUCACCAUCUGCACAAUACUAAGGCAUGUAACGAUCAAAUUCAUCGUGGUAUUCUUUCCGUUGUGUAGUGUAAAUGGUUGAAAAUCCGUUAUCGCAGGCGCGCCUCAUGCUCAAGCUGGAAAAACUAAAACAACUAAGGGUACCUUUCCAUCUAGUAUUGUACCGAUGGACUCAAUUAAUUGAUGGGAACCAGUUAGAUCAAUUAUAUUAUACUAGAUGAUGAAUAAAUUACUUUUUUCCUGUAAGUUCUCUUA